GCAAUGCUGCUUCUGCACAGCAGAUCAAAAUGCACAGGUAAGAAGAUUGAGUGCCCUGAGGUUCAGUAGCUGUCCUUCUGCUUGGAGCAGCUUCUAAUUUUGUGCCCGCCUGUAGGUAGUUUCCUGAGUUCCUGGCCUGCUCCUGGCAGGCUACCAUCGCUGCUCAUUGACGGGACGCAGCUUUGAAACAGCAAUCUGCACGAUGGAGGAAGGCAGGGGCACUCCCAACAGUGGUUUUGAUGAGGCUGUAAAUGAAGACCUUGAACAGAUCCAGGCGAUGCUGGAGGAGAGCGGAAAAGAGUGCCACAUCUCAUUGGUGAUUAACCACAUUGGGACAGUUGGGAACCUGUUCCAAUCUGUUGGUCCAAAUGCUCGCAGCUGCCGCACAUUUCCCACCAGAACCAGAAGCCACACAUCGGGUCUGGUGUCCACGGCAUCUCAGACAGAGGAUAUGGAAGACGACCUCAACAGUGACAUGAGAGAGGCCAAGCGCGUGAAAGAGGACGGCACGGGGGAUAACAUUGUGGAUGCGGCGGCCAGUCAAGAGACCCCCAACCCCGCCUCGGACGGCAUUGCAGCAGACAGAGGCGGCAGCGCUUGCCGUAGCAGCCCCGCCCGUCCAUCCCCCGAUGCGGCAGGACUGCAGACUGCUUCCAAUUCUGCAGAGCAGCAGAGCGGUCAGGACAAGCCUUCAGCAAGAAAGAAGGUGCAAAGCAUGAUAGUGCCCGGAGCCGGUGCGGUGAUCCUUUGGAAGGAGAAGCACGGUGUCAGUCGGCCGAACAGCACAGGCAGUGAGCAGACCCCGGAUGGAGCGACCACUCCGUUGAGUGGCGCACCGGGCGGUUCCAAUGAGAAUGGUGAGGCACACGUGUUGAAGAGCGCGGUGGGGCGCAAGCGGCGCCGCAGCGAGGUGCCGGAGAAGGUGCUGAAGGAGAUCGAGGGUGGCGGCAACGUGGAGCUGAAGCUGCAAGGUGUGCCAAGUGCGAAGAAGGGUGUGAAGUGUCAAAGCAAGGAACAGGUUUCGCUCAUCAGCGCCGGUGCAACGGCCGCCACGCCCACUUCGCCGUCAAAAUGUCCAAACAUGUCCGCAGACGCCAUUUCACCAAAGCCCGCCACAGCUGCCCCGCAGCCAGAUCAUCUGGUCCCGGGGACCGCAGCGCGCCUGUCGACUUCGGAAGCGGCGCUCAGCAGGAAGAGCGCAGCGGCGCAUGUGCCUGAGAGGAAAGAUCAACGAAAUAGGUCUCAAAAACGAGUUGUCCAAACAUCAGAGCCUCCACAAUGGAAGAGAUUUAUCCGCGUGCUCGAAGUAACGUAGCUGACUUUAGCUGCAAAGUUGACCGGCGAUUGAUGCUGGAGUAGGACGAAACUUCGGUAGGAAAAGUAGUGCAUAAGCAACUCGGCCAGAAGUGUUGGAUAGGUCGAUCCCAAUAUGGUGGACGAGUGAACGGACUACCGUAAUGAUUCAUCGAGAAGCGGCGACCUCAGGCAAAGAGUCUCAGGGCUUGAAUCAGAUUGAGCAGUUGCUUUUAGGUUGCUUGAUAACCGGAAGCAGGUCUGCGUAAUGCUUUUCAACCGUUUGAGAGGCUCUUUAGCUUUCCAUAUAAUCAAACGGAACCCAAUAAGUCGACCUGCCAUGCUCCUAAUCUUGAAUUUAAUGAAGAUCUUGC